AUGGGACAGCAGAAGACUUUCAGCAAUCUGGAAGUGGCCCUUAUUGUGCUCACAGUGUUACUUUUCUGUAUUUCGAUAGGUUUUAUAACAAUGUUAUUCAUCCUGGAAAACACACUCCGAGAAGAUAGUUCAACCACAACAACAUUACCACCACCACUAUCAUCAUCCUCAUCAUCCUCAUCAUCACAAACAACUUCAAAACCUUCUGCAACAACAACUGAUGCUCAUCCUCAUGCCUAUCUCAUUGGAGCAGGAAGAGCGGACUGCACUGGCCUGCUGGCAGAUAUUCCUUUGAUGGGCUAUGCUAGCGGUGACCAACGGGCUGCAGGACUACACACGCGACAAUACAGUCGAGCCUUCAUUGUAGCAGAUCCGGAUAAUUCCAAAAGGGUGGUGUUUGUGAGCUCGGACAUAGGAAUGGUUUCACAAAGGGUCAGACUAGAGGCCAUGAAGAAGCUAAAAAGCAAAUAUGGAGACCUCUACAGACAAGACAAUGUUCUAUUCAGCGGGACGCACACACAUUCAGGACCUGCAGGAUAUUUUCAGUACACAAUAUUUAGAUUGACAAGCCAGGGGUUUAGCCGAGAGUCCACUGAUGCCAUAGUGAAUGGUAUUGUCAAGAGCAUUGACAUAGCACAUGCAGGCAUGAGAAGAGGACGCGUCUUUGUGAACAGAGGUAUUCUCGAUAAAAGCCAAAUCAACAGAAGCCCGACCUCCUACUUGAGGAACCCAGAGUCAGAGAGAGCCAGAUAUCCAUCCGACACAGACAAAGAUGUGGUGAUAAUGAAGAUGGUGGACAUGAACGGUGUGGAUGUGGGACUUGUCAGUUGGUUUGCGGUACAUGCAGUCAGUAUGCCCAAUACUAAUCACCUAAUCAGUAGUGACAACUUGGGUUAUGCAUCUUACUUGUUUGAACAGGCGAAGAAUGGGGGAUCUCUGCCAGGCGAGGGAUCAUUUGUAGCAGCUUUUGCAUCAACAAACCUUGGAGAUGUCACCCCAAAUACUAAAGGACCUCACUGCAUAAAUACUGGUCUCCCAUGUGAUAACCCAACCAGCACCUGUCCAGAAGGAGGGGUCACAACAUGCAUUGCAACUGGUCCUGGAGAGAAUAUGUUUGAAAGCACAAGGAUAAUUGGAGAACAAGUAUUUGAGAAGGCCAUGGAGUUGUAUAAUUCAUCUGCCAAAGAAAUGUUGGAGACUGUGAACUUUGCUCACCAGUGGGUGGACAUGAGCAAUGUCACCGUGAAGCUUAAUGAAACUCACAAUGCAACAACUUGCAAACCUGCACUUGGUUAUAGCUUUGCUGCUGGGACUAUCGAUGGUCCUGGAUUGAUCAACUUCACCCAUGGAAUGACUGAGGGAGAUCCAUUCUGGGAUGCUUUACGAGAUGCACUUCUUGGAGUUCCAUCAAAUGAAACUACGAAAUGCCACCAGCCUAAGCCCAUCCUGCUGAACACCGGAGAAACCAAUGGAUCUAUACCAUGGCAUCCAACAAUAAUUGAUGUCCAGAUCAUCACCAUUGGAUCAUUGGCAAUCCUUGCAGUUCCAGGAGAGUUUACGACCAUGUCUGGAAGAAGAUUAAGAGAAGCAGUGAAAAAGGAAUUGGAUCCAUUAGAUACCAAAAACAUUGAUGUGGUUAUUGCUGGGCUUAGUAAUGUAUAUACACAUUACAUUACAACGUUUGAAGAAUAUCAGGCUCAAAGAUACGAGGCGGCAUCUACUAUUUAUGGGCCACACACACUUUCUGCUUACCUGCAGCUGUUCAGAGGUCUGGCCAAAGCAAUUGCAGAGGACACAGUUGCAGAACUUCCCAAAGGACCAGAGCCGCCAUUUUUUAAUGAAUCUCAGCUCCCUGGUUUCUUCCCUAAUAUUUUUCCAGAUACAGCUCCUACGAACAAAACUUUUGGAAGCGUGCUUGUGGAUGUUCAGCCACUGUACUUGCCAGGUGAAGUAGCUUCGGUUACUUUUGUUGCUGGGAACCCCAGAAAUUCGGUGAUCUAUAUGAGUAAUGACACUUACUUGAAAGUUGAAAAGUAUGAAGAUGUAACUGGAGUGUGGCACACGGUAUAUAAUGAUGCCUCCUGGGAGACAAGGUAUUACUGGGAUAAGGGCACAGGAGGUCAAAGCAAUGCUACUAUUGAGUGGCACAUCCCCUCAUCAGCUGGGCCUGGAAUCUACAGGAUUCGUCACUUUGGACACCGUAAACAACUAAUUCCUUCCACCAUAAGACCCUACGAAGGAAUCUCUUCUGAGUUUGAGAUCAGAAGAUCUAUUAGAUGA